UCUGGGCACCUGAAAUCUCUCAGGGCGGAGGAGGGCGGGGACGCCAAGCAUCUCGGGGACGCGGAGUCUGGAGGCAGUAGAGCAGUUCUGGCCUGUUGGAGUAGGUUGGUUUCCAACUUCCCGCGAAUACAAAUAAAAGAAACUGAAAAAGUUGGAGAAGAUCAAGUAUAUUCAGUCACUAAGCCAGAAGUUCAGCAAAGUUAGGAAAUGCACAAUUUUGAGGACGAGUUAACAUGUCCCAUUUGUUACAGUAUUUUUGAAGAUCCUCGUGUACUACCGUGCUCUCAUACAUUUUGUAGAAAUUGUUUGGAAAACGUUCUUCAAGCAUCUGGGAACUUUUAUAUAUGGAGACCUUUACGAAUUCCACUCAAAUGCCCUAACUGCAGAAGUAUUAUUGAAAUUGCUCCAACUGGUAUUGAAUCUUUACCUGUUAAUUUUGCAUUAAGGGCUAUUAUUGAAAAGUACCAGCAAGAAGACCAUCCAGAUAUUGUCACCUGUCCUGAACAUUACAGACAACCAUUAAAUGUUUACUGUCUCCUAGAUAAAAAACUAGUUUGUGGUCAUUGCCUUACCAUAGGUGAACAUCAUGGUCAUCCCAUAGAUGAUCUUCAAAGUGCUUAUCUGAAAGAAAAGGACACGCCUCAAAAACUGCUUGAACAGUUAACUGACACACACUGGACAGAUCUUACUCGUCUUAUUGAAAAGCUGGAAGAACAGAAAUCUCAUUCAGAAAAAAUGGUCCAAAGUGAUAAGGAAGUUGUCCUACAGUAUUUUAAGGAGCUUAGUGAUACAUUAGAACAGAAAAAAAAAGUUUUCCUAGCUGCUCUCUGUGAUGUUAGCAAUCUGAUUAAUCAAGAAUAUACUCCACAAAUUGAAAGAAUGAAAGAAAUAAGAGAGCAGCAACUUGAAUUAAUGACACUGACAUCAUCUUUACAGGAAGAGUCUCCACUUAAAUUUCUUGAAAAAGUUGAUGAUAUCCGCCAACAUGUGCAGAUUUUGAAACAAAGACCACUUCCUGAGGUUCAACCUGUUGAAAUUUAUCCUCGAGUAAGCCAAAUAUUGAAAGAAGAUUGGAGCAGAACAGAAAUUGGACAAAUUAAGAAACUUCUCAUUCCUGAAAUGAAAAUUUCUUCAAAGAGGAUGCCAUGUUCCUGGCCUGACAAAGAUGAAAAAGAAGUUGAAUUUUUUAAGAUUUUAAACGUUGUUAUAGUUACUUUAAUUUCAGUGAUACUGAUGUUGAUCCUCUUUUUUAACCAACACAUAAUAGCCUUUUUAAAUGAAAUCACUUCAAUAUGUUUUUCUGAAGUCUCUCUAUCUGUUUACCAAAGUUUAUCUAACAGUCUGCAUGAUUUAAAGAAUAUGCUAUGUCACACUUUAUAUUUACUGAAGGAAUUCAUGUGGAAAAUAGUUUAUCGUUGAAAAUUCAAAUCUGAAUUGUUUAAAUAGGCUUAUUCUGUACAGCAGACUAAACCAUUGCUAAAGGGAGAAGUAGGGUACGAUGGAUAAACAAAAUAGCCAACUGACCUAUCAGAGUUACAACAAAUAUAUAGAAAUAUGUUAAACCAUCCAUGCUUCUUAGAUGAUGGAAAUAUGUCAGUUAGAAAUCAUACAUAAGGUGUCUAAACCAGAGUAGUAUCUAGUUCACUUGCUUUAAUACAUUAGCCCAUUUACUUUAUUGCUGUGGCAUUGAAACAUUCCUGUAUCAUUACUGUCUUUUAGCAUUUUUUGUCUUUUAGCAUUCUAUUACUGCAGUGGUUAGUGUUGCAGUUCUUUAUGUAUAGUUUUUAGAUUAAAAGAUGGCAAAAUCCUUAGAGUGUAUAGGCCUUUAUUUUGAUGUGGCUUGAAAGCCUUUUGCCAAAUAAGGAUGGUGAGUAGAGGUUUUAAAUUCAAGUAGCAAAGUCUCAAAGUGUUAAGGGAUUGCUUACAUUAAGGAUAUUUUUGAUCAAACAUACCUGAGGCAUUUAUGUAUUUUAAGAUAGAUUUAAGAGCCCUACAAUGUUUAUCAACAUUCAUUCCUGACAAAGUUACUGCUUUUGGAAAUAUUUUGUUAGGGAACAAACAGUGACCUUUUCAAAUGAUGGUCUUAUUUUAUUCUGUGGUUUGUGUAAGUUUGACUUUUUGGUUAGUGCUUUAGUCUUGCCAGUCAAAUCAGUUCUUAGAUUAAAAAUUCAAAACGUUACCAGCAUAGUAUAUUGUUGAUAUAUUCCAUCAUUGGAUUUAGGUGGCAUCAUAUUAACUCUAUUUGUCUUAAAAAUGGGCUUUUCUGCUAUUUGCUUAGGCUAUUAUCAAAGUACCAAUAAUUUAACUUUCUUGAAUUUUGCUUAAAUGGGAGCCUGUGUAGCUCUUAAGUCAAAUCCCUUUGAUUAGUUUCCUUAUUGUUAACAGGGACUGGAAUUGUGGUGCUUGUGGUAGGACUUUUGUCCAUGAAAACUGUAAGUAAAAGGUCAUUUGUUUUCCAGAAUUCCAAAUUGGCUGUUGCUCUUAGAUCCAUUCCCUAGGAACCCUAUCUAGUUCAGAGACUUUUCAAGUCAUUUUAGGGAAUGCUCCUGGUUCUAUACUACAUAUAAAUUAUAAUGAAUUAAUAUGGCUGUAGUUCUAAAAUGCUCCUAAAGUCUUAUCUGCUGAGAAUAUCUUACCACAAAGGUGGCUGGCUCUAUCAAGUAAAAUAUAUGACCAGAAUCAGAAUAUAUAUCUAGCACAGUUAACAAUCGUGUGGGCAAAGAACAUUUGGAGGGUAUUAAUAGAGGUGGUGGGGGGAGCUAAAUAUUAAGGUACUGAAAUAUAAAUACAACAUAUUAACUUUAGACUGAAGUUGAUUAGUCACAAUACAAAAAUGCCACAACUUUUUUUUUAUUUAUUUAUCUGAGAGAGAGAAUGGGAGACAGAGCAUGA